AUGCCCAACAGACCAGGUAUUGCGUCCAUGUCACUUGGUCGCCCAUAUGUGCACGAUCUCCCCAGCAAGCUACGCGCGGCUGCGGCCUACGGCUUCGAGGGAAUCGAGCUGUUCUACGACGACCUCGAUUUCCUGGCAAAAGAACAGUUCAACAGCGAUCCCCUUGCAGCGGCACACGCCGUUCGCCGUCUCUGCGAUGCACUAUCUCUAGAAAUCAUCUGCCUGCAACCCUUCUCCUUCUACGAAGGCCUACUGGACCGCUCCCAGGCAGAAGAGCUAGUCACCGAGAAGCUCGCGCUGUGGUUCACUCUCUGUCCCGUCCUAGACACGGACCUGAUCCAAGUCCCAGCCAACUUCCUGCGCCCGGACCCGUCCGGCGCCCCACGCACAACGGGCGACAUGUCACUCAUCGUCUCAGACCUGCAGAGGAUCGCCGACCUAGGUGCUCUCCAGAAGCCGCGGCCUAUCCGGUUCGUGUACGAGGCCCUCUGCUGGUCCAAUCACAUCGACACGUGGGAAGCCUCCUGGGAGGUCGUGAAGCGAGUCGACCGCGCCAACUUCGGUAUCUGCCUUGACACAUUCAACAUCGCCGGACGGGUCUACGCGGACCCGACCUCGCCGACGGGGAAGACCCCGGACGCAGAGCAGGAUCUCCGGGAGAGCAUCGCCCGACUACGCUCCAGCAUCGACGUCACCAAGAUCUUCUACGUGCAGGUCGUUGACGGCGAGCGUCUCGAUGCGCCUCUGGACGAGUCCCAUCCGUUCUAUGUUGCUGGCCAGCCAGCGCGCAUGAACUGGUCCCGCAAUGCACGGCUGUUCGCCUUUGAAGAGGAGCGGGGCGGAUACCUGCCUGUCCUUGACGUGGCGAGGGCGUUCUUCGAUCUGGGAUUCGAGGGCUGGGUGUCCCUUGAGCUAUUCUCACGGACGCUAGCGGAGGAUCAUGCCGGUGUGCCGGAUGCACAUGCAAAGAGGGGGAUCGAGUCGUGGAAGAAACUGGUUGCGGCGCUGGGACUGCGCACAGAUGCGUCUAGGGGAAGCUUCUGGGAGAAGCUUAUCAGGUUGUUUCCCUUCCGGACUGGGACGAAGGACUCGUUUACGGGCCAGUUGACGUCGAUGGUGAGACCGUCGUUGUGA